AUGAUAGUGAAUAAUUUAAAUUAAAAUGUUGAGGAAGAAACAAAAUAACAAAAAGAUUAAUCUUAAAUAACUAUUAAUGAUGCUUAAAAAGAAUUAAUUUAAAAAUUGCAUAUAGAAUAAUAAAUCCCUUUAUUUACAUCUGUUUAUAUUGUAAUUUUGAAAAAUUGUCAAAAUCAAGAAUAAGCCAAUGAAUUAUAUAAGAAUAUUACCGCAAGUGAUCAUGAUUAUAUUUAAUCAAAGUAAUCAGAUAAUUGUGUUAUUUGCCAUUAGAAAUAAAAUUUACAUCAAAGUAAUCUUAUGAAUUAUUCUACUUGUAUUUAAAUAUUUGAAGAAUUAAACUACUCAAUAAGACCAAAAAUGACUUGUUCAAUUUGUUUCGAAUUAAGAAUCGAGGAUCAAAUAGUUAAAUUUAAUUAAAUUAUGCAUAAUAUAUGUGAACAAUGCUUCACAAUGAAUUUAAUAACACAAAUUUAAAGUGGUCAUGUUCAAAAUUUAAAAUGUCCUCAUUGCAAUGAAUAUUUGAGUGAAGAUAUAAUCUUAAAAUAUGCUUAAUAAGUUAAAGAAAAAUAUCUUAAAUUUAAAAAUAACAUUUCAGUUAUAACUAGUAAUGAUCGAAUGUGGUGUCCUAAUAAUGAAUGCUAAAAAAUUGUCAUAUUUUAAACAUCUAAAAAUUUUGAAAAAUGUUAAUAUUGUUAAAUUGAAUAUUGUAAAAAUUGUAGAUAAAAAUCUCAUCCUAAUUUAAGCUGUAAGGAUAAUUUAACAUAAUUUAUUGGAUUACCUGAAAAUAAUAACGAAAGAUUAGUUCAGUGUCCUAGAUGUAAAUUUUUAGUUGAAAAAAUCGAUGGUUGUGUUUCGAUCACUUGUUCUUAUUGUAAAUGUUAAUGGUGUUGGGGAUGUUGUAAAGAACUUACUAUUUUGCAUCCCUUCUAUUGUCCCCAUUUUAUGCCCUGCUAUGAUGAAAAAAAAUGUUGGACCAAAUUUGUGUUAAUAUUUUGGUACUUUUGGUUACUCAUCCUUGCAUUUUUUAUUGGAUUAUUUUUUUUUUAAAUAGUUUUGUUUUAAUUGACAUCCGAAAAAUCAUGUUACAUACAAUCAAAAUGUUGGAUAAAAGUAGUUAUCAAUAUUUUAAUUUCACUUUUAGGGAUUGUAAUACUACCUAUUACCACUGCAUUAUAUUUAAUUAGUAAUUAUAUACAUUAAUAGAAGGUCUUUUGCCUCUUUGUAUAAUAUUUCUUAUAAUAGAAUGGUAUGAUGGAUAAAAAAUAAAAUAGUCAAGAUAAAGUUAAACCAUCUAACAAAACCCCCAAUCUAAUUGA